AAAACAGCCACUUACCUGUCCCUCAGUGUGUCCCCUGCAGCCUGUUUCACUGGCCAUCCUGUAUUCCAGGAGGCCGGCAUCUUCAGUGUGGGCACCAGCUGUGAAAGCUUGCAGCUUGACAGCCGGGUACCCACUGCGCAUGCGCGAGAAGUGCUGCACUUCAUGAAUGGUCCUGUAGUCUUCUGGGACCUGUCACGUGUCCCAAAAGACUACAGGAAGGGAGGGAGGGAGGACACCUUCCGUUUCCAAUCGCCUAGGUGAUCGGACCGGAAAUGGGAGAGGGUACCUGUCAAAUUCGGGUACCUGCUCCCCUCCGCCCCCCAAAGGUGCCAAUCCUUAAUGGGGAGCAGUCCUUAAAGUGGAACUUCCUCUUUUGGGUGGAGCUCCGCUUUAAGAGU